AUGGCAGUGCCUCACAAAAUCUCCAAUGCCGAUUGGCACAAACACAAGCCGACCAUCUGUCGCCUGUAUAAGGACGAAGACAUGCCCAUGACCGAGCUGAUAGAGGUGAUGUCCACCGAGCAUGGCUUCAAGGCAAGCAAGUCUCAAUACAUGAGGCGCUUCAAAGAUUGGCACGUUCAGAAAAAACAAAAAAGCAACUUCUGGAAAGACCUCAGCCUGAUCCUUAAGCGCAUGAAUCUCACGGCUGACGAUGUGGAUGUCUUCUUGGAUGGGCAACUAAUUUCAAAGCAAAGACUGAAGAGGCAGCUUUCCAGAAAUGAUCCACCCACACUGAUGCAAACGGUCGUGAGGCCUCGAACUCCUGAAGGGAUAUUCAUCCGCCCAAGGAUCCAGAUACCCCGAUGUCUCGUCAUCUCGCUGCCAUGGCACGAGAUAUGUACUCGGCUCGAAUUGGCCAUGACAAGUUUGGCGAGGAAAGAAAGUCGUUCUCCAUCACCCCUACCAUCCGCUAUCCUUGAUAUCAGCGAUGAUUUACUGGGAUUGGGGUACAAUGAUUCAUGCAAAGAAGAUAUUCUCGGAUUCACUGUGGAGAUCGAAACGGAUCAACCUUCGUUUCCUUACCCCGACUUUGCACAUCAUCAUCGCCAUCAGACACAGAAGGGUGCUAGAGACAGUAACAUCGUCAGUGCAGGGAUUACCAACCUCUUGAAUCUAUCACCAUGGUGGUCUAGCCGAGAGAUUUUGGCAUCUACCAUGGCUCAGAUCGCAACAUACAUGCCCGAGAGAUGGCCUGGGGAGACCGAAAACGUUGUCGAUCAACUAAUAGACCCCCACUCGAAAAUGAGAAUGCAGACCUUCACCUCGUUCGCGGCGCUUCUGCUGGCCAACAACAUUCUGGGGCGGCACGAAGUUGAAGCCUUUGUCAUAGCUCUCGACGAGAUGGCUGAGCCUAGUGCUUUUCAAAUGCUUCGUUUGGGAGACGACCCCAGCACUCGCGCCAUUAUGUCCGAACUUCUGUUUGCAGCCGUGAGGUUGGACAAGUCGAACCUAGUGAAAAGUGCGGUGAGAAACGGGGCAAAUAUGAAUCAGUGGUCUACUGGCCUCUACCCGGUGACUUUGAUUGUGGAGGCAGUUCGGUCGAGAAGCGUUCGCACUAUUGAGGUACUUGUUGAUGCUGGCGUAGUUGUAACCUCGGAAAGAACAGACAACCGAUUUGAACAUAGGUUUCCCUGUUCAGUAUACAGGCAAUCGCCUGAACGCAUCGCUGAAGAGCACUUUCAAUUGCCUGGGUGCUUUUUUGCUUGUGAGGCUGAAUGGGCACAACAACGCUGUGCUAUUACGGCGGCUGCAUCUUCAUGGAGAACUGUUGAACUCCUCCCUCUCCUCCUCAAGUCGCAGAUAACAGCACCAGCUGGUCCAGUGAUUGUGAGUGCCAUCCGUUACGGUGCUAGGGUGGAAACGGUCGAGAUGCUUCUUCAAAGAGGGGCGACGGUCAAUGAAUGUCACCUUUCUCAUCGAGAGACUAACAGUGGUCGGACGGCUCUUUGCGUAGCGGCAUAUUCUGGUGACGCCGAGAUGGUCCGACUCCUCCUCAAUUAUGGUGCAAAUCCAAACGGUCCAAUCUUGCGCAAACAUGAGCGUCUCAUGAAAACCUUGGGAGAGAUGCUUUACGUGUCUCCCCUCCUGUUUGCUGCUCAGUGUGGGAAUUUGGACAUAGUCCAGCUACUGCUUGCGCAUGAUGCGGAUCCAAACUGGUCGACCUUGGACAUUUUCGACGAAAGGACAAGGAAACAAGUCAUUCGGGAAAUAGCGGCGACGACAUUGGUUAGUGUCGACGAGGAUACUCGAUUUCAUUUCCUCUUCCCAAUACAGGCAGCAGCCAGCCUUGAGGAUCCAGCCAUCUUGGAAUACCUCCUGGACCACGGAGCAAUAGCGGAUCCAGCAUACGGUAUACCUCCUUUAUCGAUUGCUGCAUCCCAUGGAAGAGGAGCGACGGUCGACAUGUUGAUCAGCCGGGGAGCCAUGAUCAACCCAGCCGACACGCAAGAUUGCAGCCUGUCUCCUCUUGAAGGAGCAGUGUCUUCAGGGAGUGAACCCAUAGUUCGGCGAUUGAUCUCUGCAGGAGCUGAUCUGGAUCGAUGCUCAUCCGGAAGAGAGGGAGGCACAGCGCUUCAACGAGCGGCAGAAAGAGGCUUCGGGGCCAUAUUCGACCUGUUACGAGAGACUGGUGCGAAACUCGACUGCUGCUCGAACCCAGAUCAUUCAACAGCUAUUCUUCAAGGAUUCAUCAGACAACACAACUAUGACCGGUCACUGGAGUUGCUGGAAGCCGGCGUAUCUCCAAACGGCAAGUCUAGGGAUGGAUCCUCGCCGUUGAUAGCAGCCGUUUUGAAUCAAGACUUGAUCCUCAUGUCCCUUUUGCUUGAAUGGGGUGCAGAUCCCAACGAUGCAUCUCCCAGCCCGUCCCGGAUACAAUGGCAGAACACAAAGCAAAUAUCUGGUCUUCCAAUUGACGGCUGUUUACCUCCCAUCCACUGGGCAGCUGCUAUGAGCAACCUGAGCGCUGUUACCAUGCUGUGCAACGCUGGCGCCGACGUGAACAAGUCUGACUCAAGCAAGGGAAAUUAUCCCAACACUGACGGCUUGACCGCCUUACAACUCGCGGUGGAAGCCAAACGCAGAGACAUUGUCGAAUUUCUUCUCGACCACGGAGCUCAGGUCAAUGUUGGCACCUGCUAUCGUACACCCUCAUCGCCAAUAAUUGCUUCGGUCGCAAAUUCGGACCUUGAAAUGACAAAACUACUGCUUCAGCAUAGGGCAGAUCCAUAUUUGGAGGCCCAAGGUGCAACCGAAAAGAACUGGUGGCAUCAAGAUCAUCGUCGACUCGCUCUUGACGAAGCAUGUUACUGGAGAGAUAUCCAGAUGGCACGGCUUUUGGUAUUAUCUGGGGUCGAUGUCAAUGUUGGAUAUCCUCUAUUCUGCACUUUUGAUUCGUUGGCAAGAGAUGGGAUAGAGAAGGCCGAGCAGAGAGCCCAGAUAGUGGAGCUGCUGCUCGGCUGCCACAUCAACGUCAACCGAAGACACCCCACGCAACACACUCCUUUGCAGGCCGCACUCAAGUAUGCCGACUGCAUUGGUGCCAGACACACCGUAGCACUGCGGUGUGCACGCACACUCAUUGAACUAGGUGCUGAUAUCAACGCUGCGCCAUCAAGUAAUCGGUUCGGGAGGACGGCGCUUCAACUUGCUGCUGAGAUGGGGAAUGUUGAGUUCGUUCAGUAUUUGCUAUCAGAGGGGGCAGCAGUCAACGCUCCAGCUGGCCCUCGGGCUGGAGUCACAGCUUUGCAAGCAGCCGCGAUCCAAGGAUCCUUGGGGAUUGCACAAAUUCUUCUGAAACAUGGCGCUGAGAUUGAUGCCGAUCCAAGCCCCAUCGAAGGCAGACGGGCAAUCGACGGAGCAGCAGAAAGGGGACGCAUUGACAUGGUGAAAUUGCUGCUGGAUAACUACAAUGGACCUAGACCCAUCUCCAAGGUGUGCGAGAGUGCAAUGGAAUAUGCAAAAAAAGAGAACCAGUGGUAUGUCAUGGAAUUGUUGGAAUCUUACACGCCGCCACAGCAAUGA